CCCCGCUGCAGUGGGCGGAGCUCUGUAGGCUCCGCCCCCUCUCCUCCAGCCUGGGCUCAGCCGGUCGGGGCAGAAGCUGGGGCUCCGUCGCGGUAGCAGCUGCCGCCUGUCGAGCUGGAACACCCCACCCAGCCCCAGCUUUUGUCCCCUGCAGUUUGGAGACCCUGACACACCCACCUUCCCGCCUCAGCUCUGUAGAUCCCCCAGCUGCCCGGCAUGAUGAAGCCUAAGCUCAUGUACCAGGAGCUGAAGGUGCCUGCUGAGGAGCCUGCGAACGAGCUGCCAAUGAAUGAGAUUGAAGCGUGGAAAGCUGCAGAGAAGAAAGCCCGCUGGGUCCUGCUGGUCCUCAUCCUGGCGGUUGUGGGCUUCGGUGCCUUGAUGACUCAGCUGUUUCUAUGGGAAUACGGCGACUUGCAUCUCUUCGGGCCCAACCAGCGCCCAGCUCCCUGCUACGACCCCUGCGAAGCAGUGCUGGUGGAGAGCAUUCCCGAGGGCCUUGACUUCCCCAACACCUCUGUGGGCAACCCCUCCACCACCCAGGCCUGGCUGGGCCUGCUUGCCGGUGCCCACAGCAGCCUGGACAUCGCCUCCUUCUACUGGACCCUCACCAACAAUGAUACCCACACCCAGGAGCCCUCUGCCCAGCAGGGCGAGGAGGUCCUGCGGCAGCUGCAGACCCUGGCACCCCAAGGCGUGAAGGUCCGCAUAGCCGUAAGCAAGCCCAAUGGACCCCAGCCACAGGCUGACCUACAGACUCUGCUACAGAGUGGUGCCCAGGUUCGCAUGGUGGACAUGCAGAAGCUGACCCAUGGCGUCCUGCACACCAAGUUCUGGGUGGUGGACCAGACCCACUUCUACCUUGGCAGUGCCAACAUGGACUGGCGCUCCCUGACCCAGGUCAAGGAGCUGGGCGUGGUCAUGUACAACUGCAGCUGCCUAGCUCGUGACCUGACCAAGAUCUUCGAGGCCUACUGGUUCCUGGGCCAGGCGGGCAGCUCCAUCCCGUCACCCUGGCCCCGGGCCUAUGACACCCGCUACAAUCAAGAGACACCAAUGGAGAUCUGCCUCAACGGAACCCCUGCUCUGGCCUAUCUGGCAAGUGCACCCCCACCACUGUGUCCAAGUGGUCGCACCCCAGACCUGAAGGCUCUGCUCAACGUGGUGGACAGCGCCCGCAGUUUCAUCUACGUUGCAGUCAUGAACUACCUGCCCACCAUGGAGUUCUCUCAUCCACGCAGGUUCUGGCCAGCUGUUGACGACGGGCUGCGGCGGGCCGCCUAUGAACGGGGCGUCAAGGUGCGCCUGCUGGUCAGCUGCUGGGGCCACUCGGAGCUGUCCAUGCGGGCCUUCCUGCUCUCCCUGGCUGCUCUGCGUGACAACCACACCCACUUGGACAUCCAGGUGAAACUCUUUGUGGUUCCUGCGGACGAGACCCAGGCCCGGAUCCCAUAUGCCCGUGUCAGCCAUAACAAGUACAUGGUAACUGAACGUGCUGCCUACAUCGGAACCUCCAACUGGUCCGGCAGCUACUUCACAGAGACAGCAGGCACCUCACUGCUGGUGACCCAGAAUGGGCGGGGCGGCUUGCGGAGCCAGCUGGAGGCCGUGUUUGUGCGGGACUGGGACUCCCCUUACAGCCAUGAACUUGACGCCUCGGCUGACAGCGUGGGCAACGCCUGCCGCCUGCUCUGAGGCCCAGGCCUGUGGACCCAAGUGUCCUGGGUCCAGGCCCCUGUCCCCAUGCUCCUGCUUCUCUGUGCCCUGUUGUGGCCCCUGCAGGCUCCCCGCUGCUCUCCCACCUCUACCUCCACCCCUACUGGCCCGACACUGUGGCCGUGGGACCCAGCAGAGCUGGGGGAGGGAUCAACCCCCAAAGAAGUGGGGAUGCAUGCUGGGCCCAGCCCCCUGGCCCACCCCCUUUCCAGGGCAAGAAGGGUCCGAGAUUAUAAUACUAAGUAAAUAACUUGUCUGUACA